AUGGCUGAUUCAACAGCUGCCUCGGGGUUCGACCCGGCCAAAGAGUUCCCCAACAUUGUGUGGAAUUUUGACAACUUGGCCGACCCGGCGGCUACUGUGGCUGAUGCUUCAAAGGGCCCAGAGGCCGCGCCCGCCGCGAAGGGUCUCAUCACCGCACCGCCAACUCCACCUGUUGCCGCACCGGUCUCUACACCGGCGGCAGCUUCUGUUGGUCAGUCCGUCACCAAAGAGGCUGCGUCCUCGGUCAAGUCCAAGCGCACACCAGCCAAACGACAAGAAUUGGUUGUGGACGGCUCAGUCAGGAAGAAGGCAAAGAAGGCCACUCCCAAGUCAGUCUUGAAGGAGGUCCAGAAGGCUGUGCUACUGCCAUCGACCACAUCUGCAGAAAACAAGGCCGCCUCUAGGGUGGCCAGGACACAGGCAAGAAAAGAGCAGAAGCGUGAGCGACGGAGGCAGAAGCGCAGACAGGCUCGAUCCCAAGCUCAGUCUGUCGGCAAGGAGGCGGAGAACACGACAGCACCACUGGAACAGAAGCCUUGA